AUGGGGGAGCCCGAUUCAUGGGAGGACAUCGCGGGCCAGCAGCAGCCGCCGCCGCCAGGCGGCGCGGGCGGAUAUUACAACGCGCCGCAUGGCGCUGCCGGCGGAGCGCUCAACGUGAACGCGGCUGCGUUUUCAUUUAACCCGACGGCGGGCACGUUCGUGCCUAAUUACCCCGGCCAGCCUGCUCCCGGCGGUGCUCCUGGCGCAUACGGUUACAACCAAGGCGGGUACGGUUACAACCCGCAAGCGGCGUACGGUUACAACCAAGGCGGUUAUGGUUACAACCAAGGCGGGUACGGUUACAACCAACAGCAGUACGGCGGAGGUGGAUAUCAGCAGCAGCAGCAGUACGGGGGGGGAGGAUAUCAGCAGCAGCAACAGCAGCAGCAGCAGCAGCAGCAGUAUGGGGGAAGGGGGGGACGGGGAGGUGGCGGAGGGCGGGGAGGCGGAGCAUACGGCGGGGGACGAGGAGGCGGCGGAGGCGUUGCGGGCGCGCCGCCUCCCCAGCAGCAGCAGUAUGCGCAACCGGCGCAGCCCCAGCAGCAGCAACCGUCGGGACCGGCUGUUACUAAAACCCUCGGCGGUCCCGCGUCGUCCGGCCCUGCAGUCUCGAAAACCCUCGGCGGCCCCGCGGUCACCAAGUCGCUCGGUGGACCCUCCGUGCAGAAGGUAAUGCACUUGCCGUCACCCUUGGCGGACCGCUGGCUUCCACGUGCAAUACUUUUCUGUUCCCCUGCGCGGAUAUCCAUUCCUUCGCCUCCCCUUUUCCUCUCUCCUCCUCGCCCCCCUUUCCCCCUCGUUCCGCCCUCUCGCGCGGCUUCCCUCGCCGCGCCCCACUGUCGUGCCUCAUUCCUCGCGCCUCUUUCCCCGCUCCCCAAUCUCCGUGUUUCAUUCUCCGCACUCCAUUCCCGGCCCCGUUCGCCGCGCCCCGUCGUGUCCUUCCCUCAUGCAGUGGACGCGGCAGCAGCGGCGGUGGCAGCGGUGGGCAUCAACGAGGACGAAGCGCCCCCUGCUGCACCUGCAGACGCGUCAGCAGCUUCCGCCAAGGUCGAAGCCGCAGCAGCGGCUUCAGCGUCAGCAGCGGCUUCAGCGUCAGCGGCGGCAGCAGCAGUGGUGGUGGAGGAGGAGGAGGCGGAGGAGGAGUUUGAGAUCCCCGAGUCGGAGGACAAGCGCCAGCACCUCAACCUCGUCUUCAUCGGCCACGUCGACGCGGGCAAGUCGACGAUCGGGGGGCAGAUCCUGUACCUGGCGGACAUGGUGGAUGAGCGCACCAUCCAGAAAUACGAGCGCGAGGCCAAAGACAAGAACCGCGAGAGCUGGUACAUGGCAUACAUCAUGGACACCAACGAGGAGGAGCGAGCCAAGGGCAAGACAGUGGAGGUUGGGCGGGCGCACUUUGAGACGGAGAAGAAGCGAUACACCAUUCUAGAUGCGCCUGGUCACAAGAACUACGUUCCCAACAUGAUCAGUGGCGCCUCACAGGCGGACGUGGGUGUGCUGGUGAUAGCGGCGCGCAAGGGCGAGUUUGAGACGGGCUUUGAGCGCGGAGGGCAGACGCGCGAGCACGCGCAGCUCGCCAAGACGCUCGGCGUGUCGAAGCUGGUGGUGGUGGUGAACAAGAUGGACGACCCGUCUGUGCAGUGGAGCCAGGAGCGGUACGACGAGGUGGUCACCAAGCUCACGCCCUUCCUCAAGCAGUGCGGCUACAACACCAAGAAAGACGUGCAGUACCUGCCCAUAUCAGGCAUCCAGGGUGCCAACAUGAAGGAGCGAGUCAAGAAGGACGUGUGCCCGUGGUACGACGGGCCGUGCUUCUUUGAAGUGCUCGACGCCCUCGCCCCGCCCGAACGCGACCCCAAGGGCCCCGUCAGAAUGCCUAUCAUAGACAAGUACAGAGACAUGGGCACAGUGGUGAUGGGGAAGGUGGAGAGUGGCUGCAUCAAGCGAGGCGACGUACUCACUGUCAUGCCCAAUAAGACGGUGGUGAAGGUGCUGACCAUAUUCCGGGACAACGACGAGGUCACAUUCGCCCUGCCGGGGGAGAACCUCCGGGUGCGCCUCACAGGCAUCGAGGAGGAGGAGAUCUCCGCCGGCUUUGUGCUCUCCUCCCGCAAGCGUCCCAUUGGAGUGUGCACGGAGUUUGACGCUCAGCUGCAGAUCCUAGAGCUGCUGGACCACAAGGCGAUCUUCACAGCGGGGUACAAAGCGGUGCUGCAUGUGCACAGCGUGGUGGAGGAGUGUGAGAUCAUCAGCCUGCUGCAGCAGACGGACCUCAAGACCAAGAAGCCCAUGAAGAAAAAGCCGCUCUUUGUUAAGAGCGGGGCUAUCGUGGUCGUGCGCAUCCAGGUGAGCGACCCCAUCUGUGUGGAGAAGUUCUCCGACUUCCCUCAGCUCGGCCGCUUCACUCUGCGCGACGAGGGCAAGACGGUGGCGAUAGGCAAGGUCACUCAUCUGCGCUCCAGCAGCUCUGCCUGA